AUGGCUCCUUUUCAGUUGUCGCGUGCGACAAACUUCGCUAUUUCCUUCGCCAGAUUUAGGCGUGCUUUGGAUGCAAAUAUUUUGGCUCCCGAAGUAUUUCAUCUUAACCCCAAGAAGAGCGAUACAAAGUUAUUCCGAAAUGUUUGCAAAUCACUUCCGGCGAGUCUUUCUUGGUUCGGAGCCGUAGCAUUCAAAGCGUUUCCUCUUGAUAUGAGCCAGUACAAAUCAUUGUUCAAUGGAACACGUAUACCAAGAAAAGAUAAAGACAUUUUGUACCAGGAUACCAGACAGAAACACUUCAUGGUCAUGUGCCGUGGAAGGAUUUAUGCGGUGGACAUCUUCGAUGACAAAGGUAAUAUACUUCCUGCUGAUUCCGUACAUAAUUCAUUGGCCCAUAUUCUCAAAACAGCAAAGCAGCAAGAUGCUGACAAAUGCAUAGGUUCUUUGACCAGUUUGGAUCGCGACACAUGGGCGAAAGUUCGUGAUGAAAUGAUGGAGGCUGGUAAUGCCCAGAAUUUUGAAAAGGUUGAUGGUGCUCUCUUUACUCUCUGUCUGGACGACUUGAAAUCGCAGGAUCCUAUUAGACUCACUCAGUCCCUCCUUAUUGGUGAUGAUGCAAGUAAUCGUUGGUUCGACAAGAGCUUCUCCCUUAUCAUGGAUGGUGAGUAUAGAGAA